CCAAGAUGGCGGCGCCGGGGGCGCUGCCUCCUGGGCCGCCGCCGCUGCCGCUGUGAGGGGCCUGCGGGCCGCCCGCCCGCCCGCCGCGCCGGCGCCAUGAAGCGGCAGAACGAGCGAGACUCCAGCCCGAGCGGGCGUGGCUCGUCAUCGUCCGCCAAGCGGCCGCGGGAGCGCGAACGGGAGGCAGAGGCGGGCGGGCGGCGAGCAGCGCACAAGGCCUCCGGCGGCACCAAGCACCCGGUUCCAGCGCGGGCUCGUGACAAGCCCCGCGGCAGCGGCGGCGGCGGCGGCGGCGGGCAUCGCGACGGUCGCGCUGCCGGGGAUGCGAAUCACCGAGCGAGCAGCGGGCGCUCCUCGGGCGCGCCCGGAGGCGGAGGACGCACCGGCAAGGCCUCCGGGGACUCCGGUACUGGCGGCGCGUCGCCCCGCGCAUCUCCACUCCCACCGCCCCCGCCGCCCCCCGGGGCGGAACCUGCGGGUCCCGGCUCCACGGCGGCUCCGGAGUACAAGACGCUCCUCAUCAGCAGCCUGAGCCCCGCGCUGCCGGCCGAGCACCUGGAGGACCGGCUCUUCCACCAGUUCAAGCGUUUCGGUGAGAUCAGCCUGCGCCUGUCGCACACACCGGAGCUGGGCCGCGUGGCCUAUGUGAACUUCCGGCACCCACAGGACGCGCGCGAGGCCCGGCAACACGCGCUGGCCCGGCAGCUGCUGCUCUACGACCGCCCGCUCAAGGUAGAGCCGGUCUACCUGCGCGGCGGCGGCGGCGGCGGCGGCGGGAGCAGCCGGCGCAGUAGCAGCAGCAGCGCCGCUGCCUCCACGCCGCCCCCAGGGCCUCCCGCGCCCGCCGAUCCGCUGGGCUACCUGCCGCUGCACGGGGGCUACCAGUACAAGCAGCGCUCGCUGUCCCCGGUGGCCGCCCCGCCCCUGCGGGAGCCCCGCGCCCGGCACGCCGCGGCAGCCUUUGCCCUGGAUGCGGCGGCCGCGGCGGCCGUGGGACUGUCCCGGGAGCGGGCCUUGGACUACUACGGGCUGUACGACGACCGCGGGCGCCCCUACAGCUACCCGGCCGUGUGCGAGGAGGACCUGAUGCCAGAGGACGACCAGAGAGCCACUCGAAACCUCUUCAUCGGGAACCUGGACCACAGUGUAUCUGAGGUGGAGCUUCGACGGGCCUUCGAGAAGUACGGCAUCAUUGAGGAGGUGGUCAUCAAGAGGCCUGCCCGUGGCCAGGGUGGUGCCUAUGCCUUCCUCAAGUUUCAGAACCUGGACAUGGCACACAGGGCCAAAGUGGCUAUGUCCGGCCGGGUGAUUGGCAGAAACCCUAUAAAGAUAGGCUACGGCAAGGCUAACCCCACCACCCGCCUCUGGGUGGGUGGUCUGGGACCUAACACCUCGCUGGCGGCCCUGGCCAGGGAAUUUGAUCGCUUUGGGAGCAUCCGGACCAUUGACCACGUCAAAGGAGACAGCUUUGCCUACAUCCAGUACGAGAGCCUGGACGCAGCCCAAGCCGCCUGUGCUAAAAUGAGGGGCUUUCCCUUGGGUGGUCCAGAUCGCAGGCUCAGGGUGGAUUUUGCCAAAGCAGAAGAGACUCGCUAUCCCCAGCAGUACCAGCCCUCACCUCUCCCUGUGCACUAUGAGCUGCUCACUGAUGGAUAUACCCGGCAUCGAAACCUGGACCCUGACCUUAGGGUACGGGAUCGGACCCCUCCACACCUUCUGUAUUCGGACCGAGACCGGACCUUUUUGGAAGGGGACUGGACCAGCCUCAGUAAAAGUUCGGACCGCAGAAAUAGCCUGGAGGGGUAUAGCCGCUCAGUGCGCAGCCGGAGUGGUGAACGCUGGGGAGGAGAUGGGGACCGGACUAUAGCCAAGCCCUGGGAAGAGAGACGCAAGCGGAGGAGCCUUUCCAGUGACCGUGGAAGGACAGCCCACUCCCCUUACGAGGAACGGAGCAGGACCAAGGGUGGGGGGCAGCAGUCUGAGCGAGGCUCGGACCGCACCCCUGAGCGUAGCCGGAGGGAGAACCACUCCAGUGAAGGGACCAAGGAGUCAGGCAGCAACUCCCUCAGCAACAGCAGACAUGCAGAGGAGCGGAGCCACCACCACCACCAUGAGGCUCCAGACUCUUCCCAUGGGAAAAAGACUAGAGAGAGUGAACGCAAUCAUCGGACCACCGAGGCAGAGCCCAAGACCCUGGAAGAGCCAAAACACGAGACCAAAAAGCUGAAGACUCUUUCAGAGUAUGCUCAGACACUGCAGCUGGGUUGGAAUGGGCUUCUAGUUUUGAAAAACAGCUGCUUUCCAACAUCUAUGCACAUCCUAGAGGGGGACCAGGGAGUUAUCAGCGGUCUCCUCAAAGACCACACUUCUGGCAGCAAGCUGACCCAGCUAAAGAUUGCCCAGCGCCUUCGACUGGACCAGCCCAAGCUGGACGAGGUCACCCGCCGCAUCAAGCAGGGGAGCCCCAACGGCUAUGCAGUGCUCCUGGCCAUCCAGUCAACCCCCAGUGGGCCUGGCACUGAGGGGGUGCCCACGGUGGAGCCAGGCCUACAGAGGCGGCUUCUCAGGAACCUGGUCUCCUACUUGAAACAGAAGCAGGCCGCGGGGGUGAUCAGCCUGCCGGUGGGUGGGUCUAAGGGCAGAGACAGCACGGGCAUGCUCUAUGCCUUCCCGCCCUGCGACUUCUCACAGCAGUACCUCCAGUCAGCACUGAGGACAUUGGGCAAGCUCGAGGACGAACACAUGGUGAUCGUUAUAGUCCGAGACACUGCCUAGCCCACCUGUUCCCUCCAGCUGCGUGUGUCACAGAAGCAGUUCUUUUACAAAUCUGCUCCCUCCUCGACCUACCUUCCUCCCUUGGUUUGAAUUCUUGCUGGUUUGUUCUGGUUCAUUUGGUGGCAUCCUGUCCACUGCUAAAACUCAGUUCUCGGGUCUGGGGCUUUUUGUUUUUUACAAGAAGAAACUCCUAGUAUGUUUCCUGUGUAUGAGAUACUGUCUGCUGUAUUCUGUAUUUUUUUAUUUUUAUUUUUUUUGACUAACUGUAUGGAAAGUUGUCAGUAAAGCCUUUGGCGGGAUGAAUUUUUCACCCGACCACA